AUGUUUUCUUCCUUGAAACUCAUGAAAAAAGUAAUAACCAAAGCUCUUGUAGUUACUGGAUAUGUCGGCUACACAGCUUGUGUGGUCCAUUGCACUACCGAAUAUAUUGGUGAUGUGGUCAUUUGUCAAGGGCCUUCUAUGGAACCAACUCUGAAUUCGCAAGACAUCAUGCUGACAGAACAUAUUUCCAUAUUUAGAAGAAAUAUAAACAGGGGUGAUAUCAUCAUAUCUAGAUCACCAUCGAAUCCUAAAGAAUUCAUUUGCAAACGAGUGAAAGGAAUUCCAGGGGAUAAAAUUCGAAGUGGCUUUUCUUGUACUGUUGUUCCAAAAGGCCAUGUUUGGUUAGAAGGUGAUAAUAAGAAUAACUCAACUGAUUCUAGAACUUAUGGACCAGUGCCUAUUGGGUUAUUGCGAAGUCGUGCUUUCUGUAGGAUAUAUCCAUUUAAAAAAGCUCAAAUGUUCUCUAGAAGCUGA